AUGGAGUUCGAGUUUCCAGCGGUCACUAUAUGCAGCCUCAUCAAGUUGAAAGUGACAAGAGUAAGGAGUUACAUUAGAAGAACACUUGGAAGGAACUUUAGUACUGAAGAAUCUGAAUCAUAUGUAUCUACACUCCUGGCAAUCAGCUUACUCCAGUUCCCACACUACAAUUACGCAUCGGAGUACAUUGCUAUAUUAAACUCCUCUUCACUGAAGCCUAUACAAAAUGAAGACAUACCAAAAAUAAUGAUAGAGGUUGGUCACCAAAUAGACGACUUAUUCGAGAUAUGUACUUGGAAAGGGAAACCACUGAAUUGCAAAGAUAUUUUUCAUCUCCAGAAAACAGAGGAAGGAUUUUGUUAUUCUUUCAACAGUAGAACAGCAGAAUUAGAAAAUCGAACAAAUUUCACCCCUCUGAAAAACUAUUUAUCUGGCAGACAUACUGGUUUAGGUGUAACCUUAAAAGACCCUUCAGAUGGUAACGGAUUCAGGAAAUUCGCAAGAAGAUAUGAUGGAUAUAACGUAAUCAUACACAACCCUAACGAAAUACCAGAUGUGACCAAUGCCUACCAGAUCAAACGUUCCAGUGAUAAAAUCAAUACAAUUAUCGUAUCACCACAAAAAUUUUUAGCAGACGAGACUAUAAAAAAUCUUCCAGCAAAGGUGAGAGAUUGUUAUUGGUUGGAACCAACAGAAGAAGAAGAAGCUUCUCACAUCUUCCUGCGAAAUGGAUUCUGUCAAGCGAGUUGCAGGAGGGAUGCUAUUCGCAGCAAUUGCGGUUGUGUACCAUACUUUUUCGAGCCAGUACCAGGUGUCAAAUUUUGUAGUAUUGAGCAUGCAAAGUGUCUAGCGAAUAUGAAUGUAAAGCUUCGCAAUUUCGACAUGUAUGAUCUGGAAGAUAUGAAAGAGUGCAAUCAAACAAUUGAUACUUGGAGCUGUCGGUGUAUCAAAUUCUGUUCUCAUGUCAAUUAUCAAACACAAUUUUCAACGGCACCUUACCAUUUGCUAUUCUCGACCAAUGAAUACGCUCAUCUUGAUGUUACUUACUUUCGAAGAUGGGGGCAAACUUACAGGAAGGAAGUGAAAUUUACAUUUGGAGAUUUGUCAGCGGCAGUGGGAGGAUACGCAAGCCUGCUUCUUGGAUCCAGCUUGAUAAGUUUUCUAGAAAUUUUCUAUUAUUUCCUCAGAUGUUUGUAUUUAUUCAUUACUGCCAGGUUCACUAACAAGAAGGUUGUAAUGGACACGAGAACUCAAUCAACCAAAACUAUAAUUAAUUAUGUUGAAUAUCCUUUCCUGCCUUAA